AAUGCUCCCGCAUCAUUUAACAAUCAGCUGAUUAUUCUUGUGUAUUCCCCGGUGUUUAGUUUUAAUUUUCGUGCAAAAUUAAGUGAACAGAAGGUUCCUGGACCACAGAUCUCAGUGAAAAUGAUCUUGAGAAAAUUCUCAUCCAUUCCCGCCAAGCCCUUCUUCGUGACAACACCUAUUUUCUACGUAAAUGCAGCUCCUCACAUUGGGCAUCUCUACUCAGCUGUGAUUGCUGAUGCAAUCUUCCGCUUUGAGAAUCUCCUGAGGCCCAAUCCUGCCAAUAUCUUCACAACAGGAACGGAUGAGCAUGGAACCAAGAUUCAGCAGGCUGCUGCUCAGAAAUCCGUUCCUGUUGAGGAAUAUUGCAGGACAGUCUCAGAGGGAUACAGGAGUCUGUUUGCAGACAUGGGAGUAAAGCACACAGACUUCAUAAGGACGUCAGAAGUCAGGCAUUUUUCGGUCGUUGAGAGAUUCUGGUCAGAGCUCAAGAAGCGAGACUUGCUCUACACUGAGAAUUACUCAGGAUGGUACUGCAUCUCAGAUGAGACCUUCCUGACAGAGAGUCAGCUUAAGGAGGACGGUAAGGGAGGGAAAAUUUCUCUGGAGUCUGGGCAUCCUGCCGAGUGGACAGAGGAGUUGAACUAUAUGUUCAGACUGGGAAAGUUUCAGGAAGAAGUGGUGCGGUGGGCUUCCAGAGAGGGUUCUGUACGUCCGAAGAAAUUCCAAAAGAUCCUUUUGGACUCCUUGGAAGAGCCCCUGCCAGAUAUUUCUGUCUCUAGACCGGCUUCUCGGGUCCAUUGGGCGAUUCCCGUUCCUGGAGAUCCUUCUCAAACGAUAUACGUCUGGUUGGAUGCUCUUGUGAACUACCUGACUUGUUCUGGUUAUCCGGAAAAUGCGGCAUGGCCUCCGGAUGUCCAAGUGAUUGGGAAAGACAUCCUAAAGUUCCAUGGGAUCUACUGGCCAGCGUUUCUAAUAGCAAAUGACUUGGAACCUCCCAAGAGUCUCUUUGUUCACUCCCACUGGACUGUAGAUGGGCAGAAAAUGUCCAAGAGCAGGAGGAAUGUUGUAGAUCCGACAGAGAGGGCUUCUUUGUACACUUCCGAGGGACUUAGGUACUUCCUGCUGAGAGAAGGAGUCGCUCACAGUGAUGGAAACUACAGCGAUGUAAAGGUCUUCCGGUUCCUAAAUGCCGAACUGGCAGACACUCUGGGGAAUCUCCUGUCCAGAUGCUGCGCCAAAUCUCUCAAUCCCCAGCAGAUAUGGCCAGAAUUCGAUCCUGAAGUCUUCAGAGAACUCUUCGAGGUUGACGCUACAAAGAGGCUGAUUGAGUUACUUGAGAUGCUCCCCCAGAAAUCCUUCUCACACUUCCAGGAGGGUAGUUUCCACCUGGUUGUGGAUUCUGUGAUGAGUAGUCUUCAUGCUGGAAACAAUUUCUUCGAGACAAUGAAACCCUGGGAGCUGAAAAAGGGUUCAGAAGCCCAAAAGAAACGUCUCGAAGGGAUUCUCUGCUUAACAAUGGAAGCUCUGAGGAUUUGUGCGAUCAUCCUCCAGCCAAUCAUCCCCAAGAUGACAACUCAACUUCUGGACAAGCUUUUUAUCAAUCCUGGCCAAAGGCAGUGGCAGAACUGUGAGAGAUUCCUCUGGAAAAGCUCCCCAAGAGCCAAAGCAAACCUCUCAAACGGUUCUUCUGUUCUAUUCAAAAGACUUCAGCAAGAAAAAAGCCAGAAAAUUGCUCAAGGAUGAAAAUCAAUAAAGAACAAAGACUCUAAGAAAA